AUGUCGUUGAUCAGUGAGUGUUUGUCUUGACGCUAACGUUACUUACUGGGUAGGGAUGCACAUUUGAUAAUGGCGCAAAUUACAUUCUAUUGAUUACACGACGUAGCUAGCUAGUAACAAGUCAUUUUGCAUUUACUAAAAUAAAUACAGGUCAUUGUGACAUGUUUUAAUGAGCUAAUUUGGCCUACUUUGAUCAGCCAUUCAUAGAUACUCCUCGAUGACUUAUGCAUUUUGUUUGCAGGGUAUUUUGCUAAACAAACGGUGUUGCCAUCCAUAUUUGAAGCUUCCCGUUGCCACUAACAAUUAUCUGCGUUAUUGACGUAUAAAUUAUUAGUCGUUGAAUGUUCUGGUUAAUUGUGAUUUUUUUUUUUUUAAACCUGUCGUUCAAACGCAUUGAACUUGGUGUUGAGGGGCUUCGUGCGAAUAACAAAACGGGCGGAACUGCCUGGAGCACGCGCUCGCGCCCCUCUUUGUUUGCAGCUGCUCUCAUUGACGUUCAUUGCAACCAAACAAAAGCGCCUUUCUUGUGCUGUUACCUAAUGUUUUGUUACGACCAUGGAACGUUAGCUAGUCUCUUUGUUGUAUUGAGAACUAAAGUGUCGCAGGUUUUGAUUGCUGCAGGUGUCUCUCUCCCCUCCCUUUUAUCCAAGAGAAUCAAUUUAGGUUAAGUGUAUAAUGGGCUAGGUAACGAAACAUGGAAACACUUCACAUGUUGGUAUUUAUCUUUGAGCUGUUGACAAACCUCCAUCUUUGUCUGUGACUUUAUCAGCACCACUUCACCGAGUCAAAUUACUGUACAUGCAAAUGUAUUUACGAAAACUGUGAUUUUUAUUGUAUUCUUCUAGCAUUUGAAUGGUUCAAGUAGUUAACUACGUGCUGUCGAACUUGUUUCCCCCUGUGGUUUAUAGCUAACGUUAGUGCACUAAGAACAAACGGGUGCACCUUUUGCAGCUUGUUUUGAAUGUUUCAAUAUUCAGACUAGUCUUGUUGGCUUCCGGUGUAUAUUAUAGCUGCCAAAUAUCUUUGUAGCUCUCCAAUGGCAUUGUCAACGCCCUGCAAUUUUGGUAAGCUCUAGCCUUUUGUUCUAGCCAUAGCCUGUUUGUUCAUCAUGCAUACAUAAUGUCACUGAGGCUGUAGCCAGGCAUUGAAAGGGCCUCGCCCAUCUACAGUAAAGUGGCUUCUUGAUUUAAUGUGGAUUUUGUAAAAUCUAGUAUACAUGCUAGACAGUAGGGCCGGGGAAAUACUAGUAUUGCAAUAUUUUUUUCCAUAGCAAAAAUGACAACCUGAUGUAUGUAAAAUAUUGUGCUUUAGCUUGGAAAAUAAAUGUGGCUCUGGAUGACAACAUAAUGUUUGAUUGCUUCGUGUUUUAUUCCCUUGCCACCAUACUAACGAGUUGUGAUAAUGGUAUUGUUCUGGCCCUACUACAGUGUUUCAUGUGCCAUGUAGUUAGCUGUGAAUGAAUGCCACACAGCUUUUUUUAAUAGGGCGGUGGUUGGUUGCUGUUGAAUGUGACCGAAAGAUGUCACCACUGAGUGGGCCUGGUUUUGCUUUUUGCAGCUCUGUUUAGUCAGUGUUCCACCUGAACACACAGUGAGGUCUCUCACACUAGAGGGUGCAAGUGCUCUGUGUUAAUGAUUCAGGCACCUUGUGAAGAUGGAGAUUUUAUCCAGUCCUCAGGGAGUGGGUGUAGCUGGUUCUUCAUGUUCAAGGACAUACUAAUGCAUUAGUAAGUGUUGUCACGCGUACUUGUUGGGGUCUAGGCCGGGUUACUGUAAAAGCACUGACAACUGUUGAUGUGGAAUGGGCUUUAGUCAAUAAAUGUGACAAUAAUUGAUACAUUUUCUUCCUCCAGAUACAUUGACUCUGUCCACUGGUGAAAUGGCAUCUUCCUGCGGAGGUAAGUUGGGAUUUUGAAAGCCAUGAAAAUAAUCGGUCCCCACCCCUCUUCUCUUUUUAUCUUAAAGAAGUGAGCAGGUGGAAGCCAGUCUAAUGAUGCGCUUCCACCAUAUGGUUUUCACCAGUCAUGUCUAUUCCCAUCAGUCCAGAUGAGAGGAAGGAGAUGAGUUUUUUUCUUUUCUUUUUUUCUUUAUACAAUUGAGGGAACCUUAGUUAAAUGUGCAGUGGCCCAAUUCUGUCUGUGCCCCCCCCCCCCCCCCCCCCCAAAUUGUUCACGUCCCUGUCCUGAGACCUCUUCCCUUGUUUCGAAGGCAUAGAAUUUCCGUUUGCACCCAGACAAGUUCCACAUUCCCAUAGGAACCUCUGUCGGCAUUCAUGUUUCAAUAACUGAAAUGCAUAAUUUGUCCCCUCCAGAUAUUCAGGUUAAGGAGAUUGAUAAACGUGCGUCUGGCCAGGCGUUCGAGGUGAUCCUGGGAGCACCAGGUCCAGACGCCAAGGGAGAGUUCCCCCUUUCUCCCCCCAAGAAGAAGGACCUGUCCCUGGAGGAGAUCCAGAGGAAACUAGAGGCUGCAGAGGAGAGAAGGAAGGUAGGUUGUGCUCCAGUUAGACUACACUGAACUUUUUGCCUAUAGAGGUGCUCUUGAUCCAAAAGGGGUCCCCUAAAGGGAAAAACUAUUGUCCAGAAAUGACCUUUUUUGACAAAGGGUAAUCUACUCUCACCCAUGAAUUGUAGUGUAUAUUGUUAGCUAAAAACAAAGGGGGGGGACAUGUUGAUCCUAGCUUUAACUGACUGGCACAAUUUUGGGAAUUUUUACUAGGGCUGGGAAUUGCCAGCGACCUCACAAUACGUUAUUGCGGUACUUGGGUGCAAAAUUAAUCUAAGUGACUGGUAGCUUUUCAUCUACCUGCCAUAGUGGCUGGUGGACUAAAGUUAAUUUCCCACCCUGCUUAGGUGCCCAUACAAUAAGUAUUGCGACUCAAGAUUUUAUACAAAUUUUAUUGCGAUUUGAUGUUCUAAACAUAUUGCUCACUAGUCAGUCAUGGAAAUAAAAGUUCUGAAAACAAAUUGGCUCCCUAUUUAAAAGAUGGAGAACACACUAUAAAGGAAAAAUACUGGAGUUUUGGUACAGCCAACUAGUGCAAAAAUAUUGCGUUAUUGUCUAUGAUAUGCUAUAUCGUCAAAUUAUGGAGUAUUACUUUAUUAAUCCCAAUUUGGGUAAUUGUUUUAUCAAUUUGAUCCUUUUUGGACCCCAAGGAAGCGGAUUCUAUAUCCUGACAUUUAACUGGAUUGAUUUGUAUUUUUUCCCCCAUCACUAGUAUUUACACAUUUUAACCUUAUGCCUUGUUGCCAUGACAUGCCUCUAUGCUAGGGAUUUUUUUCUUUCUGCGAUGGUCAGGGGGCUGGAAAUUGACAGAAAGAAGCCCAAAUGGAUAUGAUUUACCAAAAUCUGAUCCUUUCAAUCCUUUCUUACAUUUGUAUAUGAUCACAUAUCUCUAUGCUUGGGGAAUACUUUGGCACAGAUUUCCCAAAUUUAAAAUCCCUUUGGGCUGAUUUGCUGGUGGGGUUUUUAGUCUUAUGCCGUCCCGUCCCCCCCAGAACUUUGGGGCCAAAUAAUCACCACCUGUGGCUCUAUGCAGUCUAUAUAUUGUAUUACAAUUAAAAUGUUUUGUAGUUGGAUGUCUGAAUAUCAAACUCCUCUCCCUCUUGCGCCAUCCUCCAGUCCCAUGAAGCGGAGGUUCUGAAGCACCUCGCUGAGAAGAGGGAGCACGAGAAGGAGGUGCAAAGGAAAGCCAUGGAGGAGAACAACAACUUCAGCAAGAUAGCCGAGGAGAAGCUUAACCAGAAGAUGGAGGCCAACAAAGAGAACAAGGAGGCCCUUCAGGCAGCCAUGAGUGAGAAGUUCAAGGAGAAGGUAUGUUGGCCUCUAUCUUUUACCUGCAGAUCUGUCUUGCCAUGAUAAUCGGUGACCCAGCUACCAGUCAUUUUCAAUGAAUGGAGGACACGAGACAGUGGGGUUGUUCAACAUUGCAGGUGACUGCCGACUCCACAAAUCACCUUGCAUCAUAAAUAACGACUAUUUGUAGAUCAGUCACAAUUUACCCAUGAUGCAUCAUGGUGUUGACGCUCUCGAACAUGAUCAGUAACUUAAUGGCCUGCGCCUAGCUAGCGACCACAGUAACAUUUCCAACGUUUAUACACAUCAUGCAUGCUGUUUGUAGGACAUAAGGGAUGGGCAUUUGAAAUUAUUUCAGUAUUAGAAUAAUGAUAUUUUUUCCCCAGAUAUCCGGAUAGUCAAAAUGCAUGUUUACAAAUGUAUGUUUUUGGGGGGACUUCAAUGGACACUUGGUCGCGUGACGAGAGCCGGUGAACUCUGCUUGUAGGGGAGGGGUGAGGCGGCGGGGGCCGGUGUGACAAUCUGUGGCACAGCGGGAGCGAGAGAAGGUAGCCAAACCGACUUGCGUUAGUUAGACAAACUUGUUGCUGCCAUAGGUUGUCAAAUGUAUUUUUAUAAAGCCCUUUUGACAUCCGCAGAUGUCACAAUGUGCUUAUUCAGAAACCCAGCCUAAAACCGUAAGCAAUGCAGAUGUAGAAGCACGUUGGCUAGGAAGAAACCUAGAGAGGAACCAGGCUCUGAGGGGUGGCCAGUCCUCUUCUGGCUGUGCUGGGUGGAAAUUAUAAGAGUACAUGGCCAUUAAGGCCUGACUGUACCAUCUGGUAGUGCCUGUCUGAACUGCAUCAAAUCGUUGUAAAGAAGCUAGCAAGCUAAAGUAACAAGGGUAAUUAAGGCUAUUUUGCUGCGCUCCCCGGCCAAUGUCUAGAACUCAAUUCAUAUGAGACCGCCUACCUGUUGAUUGGUCACCGUAGCCUACUUCUCAUUUAGCCAACUUAAUUCUACGUUUUUCUAUUUUGCAUUGAUUAGUAAUCGCCCGCUUCACUUGCUACACAUGGAGCCUCUGACUGUAAAGCCGCUGUGACUCAGACAGUAACAAGCUACACAUGUGUAGGCUACUGGAGAGUCUUUUUAUGGGGUGCACUCAACUUUUUUCUUAAAUGAGUACUCUCCCAAGUAAGUAAUCGAAUACUAACGUCCAUUUGGAUAUUCAAAUAACCAUGCCCCAUCCCUAAAGGAUACACCCACGGGGGGGCGGGAUCUCAACGACUUGAUCACUUACCUCUGCAAGUGAGUUCAGAGUUGGUUUGGUGCAGUUGGAAGACUUGAGGAAAAAGUUCAGUGUUUUUAUUGAUUUCACACCAAUGGUAAACACCACAAUGUCACUGGUCAAGCUCAUGACAAAUUGGCAACGGGAAAGAGAAAGGAAUGUAUGCAUGUUCAUUGUCUGUUCAAUAAUUCACUUUAGAAAUGUCACUAAUGUUUUGAACUUCUAUUUCUUCCCAGGACAAGAAACUGGAAGAGGUGCGGGCCAAGAAGGAAACCAAAGAGGGCGGUGCCGAGACAGAAAACUGA